AUGCUGUUUCAAGGGAUAGUUUUGGCAACCGCAGGAUUCUGCCAGCUUGCUGCGGCAGCACAAGCGUUUCAGAAGGUUGAGUUUACGAACGUUGGUUUCAACGGCUCGUUCACGCCAGUUAAGUCGAUCAAAAACCCUGACAAAGACAGUUGCUCGUGCACUGUGGAUGACGCGGAGUGGUUUACUGGUAGCAACGCCCCCAUUUCUGCCGGCGUCUCGGUUCAUUUCCGCGGACCUCUGACUCUGCACAAGUUUGCGUUCUACAACUCUUCCGAGUUCAGCAUCGGCGACAACAGGACGUCUGCCGACUGGAACCGGGUCGCAUACUAUGAUGCCUCGUCGCAAACUGCUGAUAACGUGACUUUCUUGACCAACGCCGGUACAGACUCGCCUGUGCUCGGCAAGGCGCUGACUUUCGCAACCUCCAAUGGCACUGGCGCCUCUAGCUCUGCCAGCGUGCUGGCCGAGAACACUCUUCUGAGCUCCGACGACGAGUUUUCUAUCUUUUCCAACAUUACGUGCCCAAAGUCUGGCACCGGCAAGUCCUGCGGCGUGUACCGCAGCGGCAUCACUGCGUACCACGGGUUCAGCGGCGUGACCAAGAUGUUUCUGUUCGAGUUCGAAAUGCCAACAGAAACUCAGUCUAACAGCUCUUCCUUCAGUUACUAUGACAUGCCAGCGAUCUGGCUGCUGAACGAGCACAUCCCAAGAACCUCGCAGUAUCCAACCGACGCUAACUGCUCGUGCUGGGCAAGCGGUUGUGGUGAGUUUGACAUCUUCGAGGUCAUGAACGGCACUGAGAGAAACCACCUCUACUCCACUUUCCACACCUUCCAAGGUAUCGAGGACCUCGGGACCGGGAUCCAGGCCAGCGGCUACAUCUCGAGAGAUACUUCCUCCACAAUGAAGGGCGGUGUAGUGUUUGACAGCCAGGGAAACACAGUGGUGUUUGUCUCGAACAGCACCACCUUCAACGAAACUAUCACUCCUGAAACUCUCAACGGCCUUGUUGAAAACUUCAGUAGUGAUGAGAGCUACAGCACCCAACUCGCCUCUAUCUCAGCUACCUUGCCAUCGACUACCUCAAAAUCCAACGCUUUCUCUCUGUUCGAGAAGCGUGCUGGAAACUUGUGGUUCUACUUCUUCACCUUCAUCACAUCCGUGGCACAUACGCUUCUGAUUUGA